GUGGAAGCCUCACCAACUCCGAUAAUAAACUUUCUCUCUUCUGAAACAGAUCUCUCUCUACUUCGCUUCUUCACUCGACUUGUAUCAUCAUCCAUGGCUUCCGAGAAUCCUUUCCGGAGCAUAUUGAAGGCGUUAGAGAAGCCUGAUGGUGGCGAAUUCGGUAACUACUACAGCUUGCCUGCUUUGAACGAUCCCAGGAUCGAUAAACUACCUUAUUCCAUUAGGAUACUUCUUGAAUCUGCCAUACGUAACUGUGAUGAGUUUCAAGUUAAGAGCAACGAUGUUGAGAAGAUUCUUGAUUGGGAGAAUACUUCUCCCAAACAGGUUGAGAUUCCGUUCAAACCUGCUCGGGUUCUUCUUCAGGACUUUACUGGUGUCCCUGCUGUUGUUGAUCUUGCUUGCAUGAGAGAUGCCAUGAAUAAUCUCGGUGGGGAUUCUAAUAAGAUUAACCCACUGGUCCCUGUAGAUCUUGUCAUUGAUCACUCCGUUCAGGUUGAUGUGGCGAGAUCAGAGAACGCAGUGCAGGCAAACAUGGAGCUUGAGUUCCAGCGUAACAAGGAAAGAUUUGCUUUUCUUAAGUGGGGCUCCAAUGCCUUUCACAACAUGCUUGUCGUACCUCCUGGAUCUGGAAUAGUUCAUCAAGUCAACCUUGAAUACCUUGCCAGAGUUGUUUUCAACACAAAUGGACUUCUUUACCCAGACAGUGUUGUUGGCACAGACUCUCACACCACUAUGAUUGAUGGAUUGGGUGUUGCUGGAUGGGGAGUUGGCGGUAUAGAAGCGGAAGCUACCAUGCUUGGUCAGCCAAUGAGCAUGGUCCUGCCCGGUGUUGUGGGUUUCAAGCUAACAGGAAAACUAAGAGAUGGAAUGACAGCUACUGAUUUGGUCUUAACAGUGACUCAAAUGCUGAGGAAACAUGGAGUAGUUGGAAAGUUUGUUGAAUUCUACGGGGAAGGGAUGAGAGAAUUGUCUUUAGCUGAUCGUGCUACAAUUGCCAAUAUGUCUCCUGAGUACGGUGCAACCAUGGGAUUCUUCCCAGUCGACCAUGUCACGUUGCAGUAUCUAAGGUUGACAGGCAGGAGCGAUGACACUGUCUCUAUGAUAGAGGCGUAUUUACGAGCAAACAAGAUGUUUGUGGAUUACAGUGAGCCAGAGAGUAAGACAGUUUAUUCCUCAUGUCUGGAAUUGAAUCUGGAGGAUGUGGAACCUUGUGUUUCUGGUCCCAAGAGGCCUCACGAUCGUGUUCCUUUGAAGGAAAUGAAGGCAGACUGGCAUUCGUGCUUGGAUAAUAGAGUGGGAUUCAAGGGUUUUGCUGUACCUAAAGAAGCACAGAGUAAGGCUGUAGAGUUCAAUUUUAACGGGACCACAGCACAGCUUAGACAUGGAGAUGUUGUUAUAGCAGCAAUCACCAGUUGCACAAAUACCUCGAACCCUAGUGUAAUGCUUGGCGCUGCCUUGGUUGCAAAAAAGGCCUGCGAACUAGGACUGGAGGUUAAGCCAUGGAUUAAAACUAGUCUUGCUCCAGGCUCUGGAGUUGUAACAAAGUACUUGGCAAAGAGUGGCUUGCAGAAGUACUUGAAUCAGCUCGGCUUCAGUAUAGUUGGUUAUGGGUGUACCACAUGCAUUGGAAACUCAGGGGAUAUCCAUGAAGCUGUGGCUUCAGCAAUAGUUGAUAAUGACUUGGUGGCAUCCGCUGUGUUGUCCGGGAACAGAAAUUUUGAGGGACGUGUUCACCCGUUAACAAGGGCUAACUAUCUAGCUUCCCCGCCGCUUGUUGUAGCCUAUGCUUUGGCUGGAACGGUUGACAUUGAUUUUGAGACACAGCCCAUUGGAACUGGGAAAGAUGGCAAACAGAUAUUUUUCAGGGACAUCUGGCCCUCUAACAAAGAAGUUGCUGAGGUUGUUCAAUCUAGUGUCCUUCCUGAUAUGUUCAAAGCUACAUAUGAAGCAAUCACCAAAGGAAAUUCCAUGUGGAAUCAGUUAUCUGUCGCGUCAGGUACUCUCUAUGAGUGGGACCCGAAAUCAACAUACAUUCACGAGCCACCUUAUUUCAAGGGCAUGACCAUGUCACCACCCGGUCCACAUGGUGUGAAAGACGCAUACUGUUUACUCAAUUUUGGAGACAGUAUUACCACUGAUCACAUCUCACCAGCUGGUAGCAUCCACAAGGACAGUCCCGCGGCUAAGUACUUGAUGGAACGAGGUGUGGACAGAAGAGACUUCAACUCUUACGGGAGUCGCCGUGGUAAUGAUGAGAUUAUGGCAAGAGGCACUUUUGCUAAUAUCCGUAUUGUCAACAAACACUUGAAAGGAGAAGUUGGUCCCAAAACAGUUCACAUUCCCACAGGAGAGAAGCUUUCUGUCUUUGAUGCUGCCAUGAUUAGAGCUGCUGUGAGUUGUUUUAGAGAACAGUUAGUGAAGGCUGAGAAAUACAGGACCGAGGGACGCGACACAAUCAUUUUGGCUGGUGCUGAAUACGGUAGUGGAAGUUCUCGUGAUUGGGCUGCCAAGGGUCCAAUGCUUCUGGGUGUGAAAGCUGUGAUUUCAAAGAGCUUCGAGCGAAUUCACCGAAGCAAUUUGGUGGGAAUGGGAAUCAUACCUUUGUGCUUCAAGACAGGAGAAGAUGCCGAGACACUAGGCCUAACGGGUCAGGAGCUUUACACCAUUGAUCUCCCAAACAAUGUUAGUGAGAUAAAACCAGGACAAGAUGUAACAGUCAUCACAAACAAUGGCAAAUCUUUCACAUGUACACUCCGAUUCGAUACAGAGGUGGAGUUGGCUUAUUUCGAUCACGGAGGGAUAUUGCAAUACGUUAUCAGGAAUCUUAUCAAACAAUAAAUCUGGUAAGCAACCAGAGACUUGAGUUAUAUCCAAAGGUUUGUUGCAAUAAAAAUGUUUGCAGGGA